CUGUGCGAUAUGGCUGAACGGGGCGCACACCUCACCACAGCUGCUGCAGACGACAGACCGUCGAUAUUUGAAGUCCUCGCGCAGGACACAUUGAUGAGCGCUGUCAGACCUGCCUUGCAACAUGCAGUGAAGGUUCUGGCAGAGUCAAACCCUUCGCGCUACGGUUUCCUCUGGCGGUGGUUUGAUGAAAUCUACUUGACCCUCGAUUUGCUGCUGCAGCACCACUUCCUGUCGAGGACCAGCGCCUCGUUUUCGGAGAACUUCUACGGCCUGAAACGCGUGGUGACCUCGGGGCCCGGCAGGCCGGCUCACCGGGGGCUCCCCCGAAAGCAGCGCUGGCGCUCGCUGCUCCUGCUGGCGCUGGUGCCCUACCUGCGGUCCAAGCUGGAGAAGGUUUUGGCCAGGCAGAGGGACGAGGACGACUUCUCCAUCCAGCUGCCCCAGUCACCCUGUCGCCGGCUGUAUCGGGCCUUCCUGGCCGCCUACCCGUUCGUCAGCACGGCCUGGGAGGGCUGGGUCUUGUGCCAGCAGCUGGUCUACGUCUUCGGCCGGACGUCGCGCCACUCGCCCCUCCUCUGGCUCGCCGGGGUCAGGCUCAUGCACCUCAACGCACAGGACAUCCGCAACAUGGAUCUGAAGCCCCACCCCCCUCCCUCCACCACAGACCUAAGUGUUCGCCAGAGGCUCCAGGGAGUGUUGUCAACGGCAGUGGGCGGGGUAGCCAUGUCCCUGUCCACCAGCCUGUCCCUGGGCGUGUUCUUCCUGCAGUUCCUGGAAUGGUGGUACUCCUCAGAGAACCAGAGCACUGUAAAGUCUCUGACCUCCCUCCCCACACCGCCACCUCCGCUCCACCUUGACCGGGAGCAAACUGAGACAGCCGCAAACAACGUAUGCCCCCUCUGUCACAAGGUCCGUGUCAACGACACCGCCCUGGCAACCUCUGGCUACGUUUUCUGUUACCGCUGUGCCUACGUCUACGUCAAAGCCCACCAGCGGUGUCCUCUAACUGGGUACCCUACAGAGCUGCAGCACCUCAUCAAGAUUUACUCCCCUGAAGGGUAGAUGGGCUGGUGCCCGAUCCUUGAUGUAUGCACCUCCCCUCUGGGUCUACCGCCAGACAUUGCUGUAACCCUGCCGACCAUCAAUUCACGUUGUAAGGGAUUGACGGAGAGGCAAGCUUGUUGCCCAGAAAAAAAAGUGUAAGCUAAAAUCUGUACACCAGGGCUGCCCAACCCUGUUCCUGAAGAUCUACAGUCCUGUAGGUUUUCACUCCAACCCUCACAAAGCACAUCUCUUUCAACAGCAAGAGAGCUUGUAGGGCUGCUAAUUAAUAGAAUCAGGUGCACUUUAUUAGGGUAGGAGUGAAAACCUGCAGGACUGUAGUUCUCCAGGAACGGGGUGUACAUAGUCCCAUGAAGAAGUGUUGAGUGGGAGAGGUUUUGUGCAAAGUGUUUCCAGAAUCCCAGAGUAAUUUCCCUUUCCCAUUUUUAAAUGUGUCAGAACUAUUUCUCAUAUAACGAAGGUCUGGAAAACGUCCCGUCACCUGCCCAAACUGUGCUUGAGGGGUUUAGUGUGGUUUCACAAUUUUGACAGGAAGGACAAGACGUUCAGUUUUAACAUGCGUCUUGACAUGCUGCAAUAAAUCGAAUCAAAAUAAUUAAUUGUUGAUGAAAUGGCUGUGGUUGUACUUUAAAUAAUAUGGUUAAUUAUGUUUGUACAAGAUGUGGGCCUACCCAAUCUGAAACCAUCUAAUAACUGACAUGUAUGACCAUUUCCUUGUGUGAAAUAUCUUCCAAUCUUCAAACAUACAUAUUUAGACUCCUUUUAAUUCCCGUAACACACAUGCUUGAAGUAAUUGGAACAUUCAGUCAUAAAAUACACAUUGUCAUGUGAUUUUUUAAAUUUGAUUCACUGCUCCAAAGUAUGCAGAAUGAGACCGAUACAAGAGAGCUAGGGUGGCCGUAAGAGAGCGAUAUUUCAACAUCGGCCAGUUAAGCAGAACUUGUUUAGGAACAACUGCUCGGACGUGGCAGAGAACGUCGUUUUGGCUAGAGUCAAUUACCGAGGCAUUUCCUGCCAAACAACAAGUUCCUGUUUUUGGCUGCUUCUUUAUUUGCCAAGGGUCAGAAAGAAAGCACAGCGAUGCUCAGAAGUUUAGUUUCCCCUGAGGAUUAUUCAGUGCACAUUUCCUAAAAUUAGACAUUUCCUUUUAUUGUCCAAUGUGAAGCACUCAUUUCAGCGGUUGCAGAAUGUAAAUUGUUGUUAAAGAUCCGACACAGCCAUUUAGUGUUGUAAUCAGUUCAUUAAUAAAGAUAAAGAUGUAUACUUGAUCAAAUUUAACAGGAAAAUUGUAAAUAUUCUAUUUUGCUAUUACAUAUGUAAGUUUAAACAAGA